ACGCCCGCCAUAACUGUUUUUUAUGUCAAAAAAACGCAAAUGUCGUAUGCGUGAGGCUUACACUAUUUACGGCUUAUUUCUUAGAUUUUCUUUUCAGUACUUAUGGUGAUUUAAGGUUUUACACAAUGUCUAAUAUAAGCCUCGAUAAAGAUACAUUUUUUCGGCGUAUGAAAAAGCUGUAUGCGGCAUGGAAGACCGCAGCAGCAGACCCUAAAAGUGAUGACUCCCUUGCCAAGGUGGACUGCCUCGUGUCAUGCGUAGGAGUCGAUGAAGACACACUUUACAGUAAAUCAACAGCUUUACAGACCUGGCUGUUUGGAUAUGAACUACCUGACACCAUAACUGUGCUAACUGAACAAAGCAUGUGCUUUUUAGCCAGUAAAAAGAAAAUUGAGUUUCUUCGUCAGAUAGAAAAUAACAAAGAUGAUUCUGAAUUACCACCCGUGAAACUACUAGUGAGGGACAGAAAUGAUAAAGACAAAGAGAAUUUCAACAAACUAUUACAAGAAAUCAAAAAAUCUAAAUCAGGUAAAACACUUGGUGUCUUUAUCAAAGACAAUUAUCCGGGUGAGUUUUGUGAGAGUUGGAAAGCGGUGUUGAAAGGGGAGAAGUUUGAAAAUGUAGAUAUCAGCUCAUCCAUCGCUCUGCUGGUGGCUCCCAAGGAAGAUCCUGAAAUAAUUACUGUGAAGAAAGCCUGUUUAGUUACCGUAGAUGUCUUUACCAAGUAUUUAAAGGACCAAAUCCUGGAAAUCAUUGAUUCUGAUAAAAAAGUGAAGCACUCAAAACUAGCAGAAGGUGUGGAAGCUGCAAUAUCAGAUAAGAAAUAUGUCACAGGAGUAGACACAUCGCAGGUCGAUAUGUGCUAUCCACCAAUCAUACAAUCUGGUGGACAUUACAGCUUAAAAUUCAGUGCAGUCUCGGACAAAAACCACUUACAUUUUGGUGCCAUUGUUUGCUCCCUCGGUGCGCGAUACAAGUCUUAUUGCUCAAAUAUUGUCCGCACAUUGCUUGUAAAUCCUACUGAUGAAGUGCAGAGCAAUUAUACAUUUCUAUUAAACUUGGAGGAAGAGGUUAUGAAGCAUUUGGUGAAUGGAGCCAAGCUGUCCGCAGUCUACGAGGCAGGCUUGGAGAUGGCAAAGAAGGAAAAGCCUGAGCUUGUAGAUAAUCUUACUAAAUCAUUUGGCUUUGCCAUGGGAAUAGAAUUUAGAGAGAGCUCUAUAAUCAUAGGUCCUAAAACCUCAGUUGUGGCAAAGAAAGGCAUGGUGUUCAACAUUAACAUCGGUCUCUCCAACCUGACAAAUAAGGCGGCAACUGAUAAGGAAGGAAAGACAUAUUCACUAUUCCUCGGAGACACAGUGCUAGUGAAUGACGAGCAGCCGGCGUCGUUGCUCACUCAGUCAAAGAAGAAAAUUAAAAACAUUGGAAUCUUCCUGAAGGAUGAUGACGAAGAAGAGGAAGAGGAAAAGGAAAACAAGACUGAAAUCCUUGAAAACGGAGGCCGUGGAAAAAGAACAGCUGUUAUAGAGUCAAAGCUUAGAACAGAGCAUUCUUCUGAAGAGAAACGCAAGGAGCAUCAGAGAGAGCUCGCCAUAGCUCUCAAUGAGAAGGCAAAGGAAAGAUUAGCGAAACAGUCGAGCGGCAAAGAAGGAGAGAAGAUCAGGAAGAGUACAGUGUCAUACAAAAGUGUUAGCCAAAUGCCUCGAGAGAACGAGGUGAAGGAACUAAAGCUAUAUGUUGAUCGAAAAUACGAGACAGUGAUCCUGCCAAUAUUCGGCGUGCCGGUCCCCUUCCACAUCUCGACGAUCAAGAACAUAUCGCAGUCGGUGGAGGGUGACUACACGUACCUCCGUAUCAACUUCUUCCACCCCGGGGCCACCAUGGGGAGGAACGAGGGAGGGAACUACGCGCAGCCUGAUGCCACCUUUGUGAAGGAAGUCACCUACCGAAGUACAAACACCAAAGAGCCGGGCGAGAUCUCCCCGCCCUCCUCCAACCUCAACACCGGCUUCCGACUCAUCAAGGAAGUGCAGAAGAAGUUCAAAACAAGAGAAGCAGAAGAGAGGGAGAAGGAAGACUUGGUCAAACAAGACACGCUAGUACUCUCACAGAGCAAAGGAAACCCGAAACUAAAAGACCUGUACAUAAGACCCAAUAUUGUGACCAAACGAAUGAGCGGCUCUCUAGAAUCACAUAGCAACGGGUUUAGGUUUACGUCGGUCAGAGGGGACAAAGUGGAUAUUCUGUACAAUAAUAUAAAGAACGCAUUCUUCCAACCGUGCGAUGGUGAAAUGAUCAUCUUGCUGCACUUCCAUUUGAAACAUGCAAUUAUGUUUGGUAAAAAGAAGCACGUAGACGUUCAAUUCUACACGGAAGUGGGUGAGAUCACGACGGACCUGGGCAAGCACCAGCACAUGCACGACCGCGACGACCUCGCCGCCGAGCAGAGUGAGCGCGAGCUGCGGCAUAAACUCAAGGUGGCAUUCAAAAGUUUCUGCGAGCGAGUGGAGAACAUGACAAAACAAGAGGUCGAGUUCGAUACACCCUUCAGAGAGCUCGGCUUCCCCGGAGCCCCGUACCGCAGCACAGUCCUCCUCCAACCCACCUCCGGCGCUCUCGUGAACCUCACAGAAUGGCCGCCGUUCGUCAUCGCGCUAGAAGACGUGGAACUGGUGCACUUUGAGCGAGUGCAGUUCCAUCUCAAGAACUUCGACAUGGUGUUUGUGUUCAAGGAUUAUGCGAAGAAAGUGGCCAUGGUUAAUGCCGUGCCUAUGAACAUGCUGGAUCAUGUGAAGGAGUGGUUGAAUUCGUGCGACAUCCGCUACUCGGAGGGCAUCCAGUCGCUGAACUGGACGAAGGUCAUGAAGACCAUCACGGACGACAUCGAGGGCUUCUUCGACAACGGCGGCUGGUCCUUCCUCGACCCGGAGUCCGACGCAGAGAAUGCUGCACAGGAUGAAGAUUCCGAGGAGGAGGACGACGCGUACUCGCCGACAGACGUGGAGUCGGAGGAGGAGUCCGAGGACGACUCUGAAUAUGACUCCGAAGCGUCCGAUGCGUCCGACGCGUCCGGCGACAGUGAAGAAGAAGACGAGGAAUCCGGCAAAGACUGGUCGGACCUCGAGCGAGAGGCCGCAGAGGAGGACAAAAAAGAACGCGUCUACGACCGAGGGGGGGAGUACGAGGACCGGAAACGGAAGGGGGGGUCCUCCUCACACAGGCGCUUCGAAGACGAAGGCGGCAAGAAGAGCAAGAGCGAUAAACAUAAAAGCUCCAGUGACAAACACAGGAGCUCCAGUGAUAAGCAUAAGAGUUCCAGUGAUAAGCACAAGAGCGAUAAACAUAAGAGCCCGUCGAAGCACAGUAGUGGCAGCCCGUCCAAGAACCGCGACAAGCACCACAAGUCGUCGCACGGCGACCGCGACCGCUCCAAGUCGAACGGCGACCACAAGCGGUCGUCGGACUCGCGCGGUGGCAAGCGUGGCCGCGACGACAGCCGUGAUGGAGACCGCAGCUCCAAUAAGAGAUCCAAGAAAUGAACCGCCUAGCCCCCCAGUGAUGUACAUUCUCAGUUUACAAAGUUGUCGGAGUGUGUCGAUUUUAACCAGCUCCUGAUUAGAUUAUGUUAAUUAAUAAUUAGUUGUUAGUUUCGUCUGUCUCAGUGUCCGAAAGUCCGUUAAGUUUGUUUGUUCGCAAGAAUGUUUUGUGUAUGUAUGUAAUUUUCAACGUUUUAUGUACCUAAUUUAAUUAUGCACACAUCAAGGAAAUAAAAGAUAAGAACAUUUUA